AGAUAACUUCGUCAUGUACCGAUAACUCCUACGCUGGCGGAAGUCAAUGACUAUGCGGAGGUUUACGGCGGUAACCGUCACAUUCCGCGUCCUCGCUGUAAACUCUGCAAGUUUUAAUAGGAAGAUCGGUGGAUGUAUGGCCAUUGCCUGUAUCCUUUACAAUUGCACAGAUGCCGCCUACCUGAAAGGUCACCGGUCGAAACGACAGGAUAAUUGUUGCGGGAAUCUUGGAUGUUUUGACCUCACGGCUGCUUUUAUCGAUCUUUUUAAACGGCCAAUAAAUCUUUUCCCAUCGUGCAAUACAAAGGUUGAAUUCACACUGAGAACCCAGGACAACGUGGAUAAUUUGGAAAAACUAAAUUACAGCGACAUUGAUUCUAUAAAAAAAUCUAAUUACCGAGCAGAUCGCGAAGGAACAAAAUUUAUUAUUCAUGGGUUUAUCGAUAACGGGGAAAAUAAAUGGAUUUCGGUUAUGGAAAGAAAACUACUCGUAGAAGGAGAUUUCAAUGUUAUUCGAGUUCACUGGGAUAGCGGAAGCCUUCUUACAUAUUUUCAAGCUGCGGCUAACUCCAGAGUGGUCGGAUCCAUAACUGCAAAACUAAUUCGUUUGUUGAAUGAGCUGGGUCAAGAUUAUGCUACCGUUCAUCUAAUCGGUCACAGCCUUGGCGCCCAUAUUGCAGGAUAUGCUGGCGAACAAGUGAAAAUUGGACGCAUAACUGGUCUGGAUCCAGCUGGUUUAUAUUUCAAAGACAUGCCACCAUCCGUUCGGUUAGAUCCCACAGAUGCUGACCUAGUGGACACAAUUAUCACCGACGGUCGGGAUAUCCUUAAACUGGGAUAUGGCGCGUUGCAAGCUAUGGGACAUUUUAACUUCUUUCCAAAUGGUGGAAUAAACCAACCCGGUUGCGCCCGAAACCUUUUAACCAGUCUAUUCAAGUUCGAAAAUUCAGAUUUUGCCGGCACUGACGUUUUGGGAUGCAGCCAUUUUCGUGCCCCGCUCCUCUUUAGUGAUACUGUUGCCAGUCCGUUGAGCAACUGUUUGGCCGUGGAGUGCGAUUCUUACGAAAACUACAAGAUGGGGAAAUGUUUUUCCUGCAACUCCCGAUCUUGUAUUAGUAUGGGCUUAAAUAUGGGCAAAAACGCUACCAAAGCGAGUGGACAAACUAAGUCGUUCUUUCUGGAUACUGAUACAGGAAGUCCUUACUGCGGUACAUCAUUCCGUAUUGUUUUUGGUUUGGCGGAUGAGCAGUCACUUUCGGGAAACGGGUUUCUGCGUUUCCGAUUUCAUGGCGCCAGAAAAUCAAGUGAUUGGGUUGAACCCGUUUCCGAGUCAGUUGACCUGGCUCCGGGACGGUCGUACACCUUUAUUAUCUUGGCACCUUCGAAUAUUGGUCCUCUAAAAGCAGUCUCUAUAACCUGGAAGUACGAAAGGUCAUUAUUACAUGUAUUCGAUUACCUGCGGACAUAUAAGAUCAAAAUAAAAGAAUCUAUGGAAGUCCAGCCGUUAAAUGGAAGAAUUACUUCUCUAAGGACAAGCGACAAAGAGAUUUACGAAGAUACUCCAGCAAAAUAUCAGCUGCAUGACUGAAGCGUCUGCUACGUUGGUGAAUGCCGUUAACUUUUUAUGACCACUGGAAUCGGCGUCCCGCAGUAAAAACAGUUCGGCAUCAAUAUUAUUAAAUGCCGGGUCAAUACUUGGAUUUAAGAGUGGCAAUGAGACCAAUUGUAUGGACACAGUUAAUUCCGUAUCUUCGCUUAAGUACAAAUCAUACUGAUGCGCAAAAAGAUGACUGGCAUCGUCGAAGACCAUAAAGCCGCGCGCGUGGAUGCAAGCGCAAUCCUGUAAACAGGAACUUCUAGUCUAAACAGAAGAUACCUUUUCACCUGCCGUGCAACGCCUACGAGAUCUAUUUGUGUCCAUCACGUCGAUG